AUGACAACUACAAGUUCAAAUUCGUCAAUAGAUUUACUCCAAAAAACUGUGUAUGAUUUGGUGAGUUUUUUUCCAGGAUUUCGAGAAAUAUUCCAAAAUUUUGCAGCUUUCCAACCUCACUUCUGAACCAUCUUGUUCAACGCAGAACAAUGAGGUUUUGCUCGAUAAUAAUGCUCAAAUUUUGCUCAAACAAUUGACUCAAAUUGUGGAAAAACGAGUAGAUUGUAAGUUUUUUUUGAAAUAAAAUGUAAAACUUCCGGAAAUCCAAAGGUGUUGGUUUCCAAAAUUAAAAAUUGUAAUUUAAAUUUAUAAGAACAUAGGAACUGCGCCUAGAGAGUUCGAUUGUCAAGGAUCAGCGCCUACAGAUCUCAGUUCUGAAGUAGCCAAUCCUAAAGAACCAAAUUAUCUAGGAUCUAGAAAUGCACUCUGGCAAGGAACCGCGCCUAGAAACCCAUUUUUGAAUUCUAAAAAUUACAAUUUCGAUUUUUGAUUCAUUCAAAUUUUUUUCCAAAAAUACUUUUUUUCUUGCCCAUCGAUUUUUUCUCGCUCGCACGCUAUCAGUUUUUUAGGGCGAGCGAAAUGGUCAUAAAAUAUAUAAUGUUGACCCUGAUUCUUUCUCUCAAUAUUUUUUGUCUUUUUUUUUCUGAAACGCAUCAUAAAUCAUUUGGCGGGUACAGAGAUUACCAUGAUUUGUUUUUGGAUGAUCAGACAGGAAGAAAAAAUUAGGAAAAAAUUUAUGAGAAAUCAGGGAGGAAAUGAUUAGAAAUCGAGAGAAAACCACGUGGGAUGAAAAAACUUUGAAAAAACUAUCAGAAUAAGAUGUCCUGGAGUAAUUACCUGAACAAAACAUAACAAAAUUGCUGUUUCAGAAUUUUAAAAUUAUAAUUAACUUCCAACUUAUAUUUUCUGAAAUUCUUCAAAUCAAAGUUCAAAUAUAGAUUACGUGCAUUUUCCAAACAAAAUUAAAAAUAUUCGUUAUCAUAAUGAUGUUCAUGAUCUGUCUGUCUGUCUAGAAAAUAAACAAAAAUUAUCUAAAAAUAUUUACAGCUCUAACAAAUGACAAUGAUCCGGAUCAAUUCGAAGAAGAAUGGGUUGUUUUAUGUUGGUCAAUUUUGAAUAUUUUAUCAAGAGUUCCAUUUGAUACUGAAGCCGAUUCUGUGCAACUUUUGAAUAAUUCUUUGGUGGAAUUGGUGAAUCGGGUGAGGUUUUUUCUGUUGAUUUGUUAGCAGAGACAUUGAAAUCUUAAAAAGGCUCUGGUGAUAUUUUUUAAAAUCUAAUCCUUUCAACCUAAUCCUUUGUUGCAGGGUCGCCCAAUCCGUGAUCCAUCUCUACAUCCCGAAGCCGCUAAAUGGUGGGCACCAUUUCAAAGAUCAUACAACGAAACACUUCAAGUAAUGCAUGGCCUUUAUUCCCUUCUCGAUAUUUCUCAAAUGAAUUACGAAGCCAAACUUCAAUCAUUUUGUGAUCAUCAACUUCAACCGUGUCUCAAUAAUUUUCGACAAAUGUGUUUACAUCAUGCAGCAGCAAUGCAUACACAAUUAAGAAUGGUACAAGUUGAUCGAAUGAAUGAUUCGGAAAAAAUGAAAGAUGAUGAUUAUCAUAGUGUUACUAAACAUUAUACCAGUGCACUUUUUAUAUUAGGAGCAUUGGCUGCAAGACUACAGGUAAGUUAGAGGAACUUAUAAAAAUGUCUGAGAAAUUGAAUUAUUUGCAGGGUUUUCGAUAUGAAUGUAUGAAUGCUUCCGGUUAUUUUCACAUCUAUUCAGAAACUUUGAAACGUAUGAUGAAUCAGAUUUUGGUUUCAUAUGAGCAAUUAAUGAAUGAUGCGAUGUUAACAAUGGAUCCGUCAACUAGUAGUAUAUUAGUCACUAAUAAUUUGUUCAGUUUUAGUUGUCAAACACUUUCUAGGGUGAGUCAGGAACUGGGGAUGUUCGCAAACCCUAGUGAUAGGGUUGGGUUAUAAGGUCACCUGAGGGUCCUAUUGCUACGUCAUAGCUCAAAACUUUCAGACCUUAUUUUUCAAACAAUUCGAUGUUCAAAUCGUCGGUGAUGAUGUUGCCAUCCAAAUUCAAGAUGAAAUAAAAAGAGUGAGAGCUGGCACAAAAUCCCCGAAUCAACCCGGUGUUUUUCUAUCCGCCGCACUUCUCGCAAUGAAACCAACAUCCGGUGUCAAACGAAACAAUGCAACUGCAAACGCGACUGGCGGUGGAAAUACAGCACAUAAGAAAUCCGAUGUAAACAGUAAAGAAUCCGUGUGUUUGACACCGAGUUACAGCGAAAAAACACAUGCUUAUCAAGCACAAUAUCCCCAUUUACUAUGUACAACGAGACAACGAGACACCGUGAAUGACACCCGCGCGGGACAAAUCGGAAAACGACCGCUAUUUUAUUUCUACACGCGGGCGAAGACGUUUUCACCUAAUGGCGGAUAUUUUUAUGUGAGAACUUUGAGUUUACCAUUUACUAUUGCGACUAGAAGAAAUCAGGAUUGUCAAGUUCAAAGAAUGAUGAGUUCGUAUACUGCCACGUGUUUUUGGCUGUAUGGAACUGGAACUGUUGAUGGAUUGGUUUUACAUUGGAAUGAUGCACGUAAGUUAGAAAGGGAGAUAGGUUAUGACGUGGAAAAUGAGAAAAAAAUAACCGCAAAAGAUUUUUUGUACCGUCCACGUUCAAUUCGCAUAUCUGAGCAAUAAGGUUUUCUAGGUGCGGCUACAUGGCACACAGACAAAACCCUCGAAAAGAUUAAAUUUUCCACGACAUAACUUUUUUAAAUGAAAUUUUUUAAAUCAAAAUUGCUUCUGUUGCAGCUCUUCCUUGGUCAGAAUUCAAAAAGCUAUGUUCUCAAUAUUUUACAACAAACGCCGAAGUUAAACGAAGUCUCCAAAUCACAGAUUUCGAUCUUCUCGAAAAUAAAAUGACAUGUGAAGAGUGCGAAGAAUAUACAUCGAAUAACGAGGAAAAAAUGAUAACGUUCAAAAACACUCUUUGUCCUCAUUUGAAUUGUGGAACAGAAAACGCCGAACAACCCAACAGAUUCUCAAUGUGGCGAGGAAUAUUGGAAAUGUUGCAAAUAUUUCAGGAUCAAAAAUCGAAUACGAAAACAAUUUGGGACGAUUUUCUGAUGCACGGCUUUUUGGACACGUCACAAGUUGUUAAUAUGCUUCUGCCGCAUACGUGUUGUAUGGUAGUUAGGCUAACUUUGAUAUUUAGUGGAAGUAUUUGUAUUUCGUAUCAAACGAUGGCUAAUGAAAUUGUGCAUUUGGAGCCGAUUGAAUUGAAAAAAUUGCAGACGAAAAGUAUUUUAGAAUAUAUGGCGGAUAUUGCAGAAUCAGCAAAGGUUAGUAAAUUGGAUAUCUAAGCAUUUGUACCCCAGAAGUUUGGAAAUAAUCAUAUUUUGGAUUUUAAUUUAAACAGCUAUUUUUCAAAACAAAAAUUUGAAACGUAUUCAAGCCGAGCCAUAAUUGUUUUCUUCUUUUUUCAGAUCGAUUAUGUUCUGACAGCUGAUUUCAACCUAAUCGCAAUUUCAACAAUAAUUGCAAAAUAUAAAAUUGGCGAAGAUGUGAAACGUGUUCAUGCAGUCACAACAAAUGUUUCACAUUUCGGCGAUGUUCGACAAACAUCAAAGAUCAAAUUCACACCGCUUCGUGUUGCAGUCGUUGCAUGCCGUGAACAAUGUGCUCCGCCGCCAACAACACCAACCACUGCAAAUGUUGUUGACGUAUUUAAUAAUGGGAGAAGAGCAAAUGCGAUGCCACAACAACCAUCUUUUGAAAUUCAAUUGGAAUCUUUAAUGAAGAUGUAUGGAAAAUCUCCGGGAGAGGUAUGGUAGGAGUAACAAUUUUAUAGACCGAGAAGGAAUUUUUAGGAUUGGAAAAUACAGUUGGAAUUUACUAUCUCAAAUCUCUAGACCUCAAAAAAAUAUUUUCAAUCAAGAAUUCCAGCCGAACUUUAAACCCUUUUAACUUCUAAAAAUCGGCUCCUUUCCAAAAAAAAAUCCUUUUCAAAUUCCAGGUGUGCGAUAUGAUCACAUACCAACAACAACAAGUAUUUCAUCCAUUUAUGGAUAAUCCUCCACAAAAUAAUGAUUGGUCAGAACAUAAAACAAAUCAUAUUUAUGGAAAUAAUGGAACUCACACUUUUUAA